AGGCUCCCUGUCCCCCCGAAGUUAUUCUGGGCUCAGGCUACUGUUCAAACAAAUAUAGUGGGUGUUUUUUGAGCUCACAUUAAGUUAUGUAGAGAGGCAGCCUAAGGCAGGGAGAGGACAGCUGAGAGGAGGGAGGGAGCACCUACCAAGGGAAAGGCGGGACAGCUUGGGAAAUAGGGUUUAUUCAGCUCCUUUCUGUGUUGAGGUUCCAUUUGACAGAUGAGGAAACUGAGGCCUCCAAAGUUGGGAUAAAAACAGGAUGGAGGUUUGGGGAGAGGGACUGGGCAAGAGUCUGCAUGCAGUGGAUUAUCAUAUGUGCUGUUUCCCUUCUCAGACUACGACUCUGUUCGUGUUGUGGGACUUACUCUGGCUACCAUCAUGUUUGUUCUGGGCAUUGUCAUUAUUGUCAGCAAGAAGGUGAAGUGUAGGAAGUCAGACUCCAGUCCGACCAUUAAAAACCCCCCUGGGGGAGCCGUGUAACAUGAGGAGGCCCAUCCAGCUCCGCCGCUGCCCCCAUCUCAAAGACCCCAGGGGUUAGGGAUGGAGACUGCUGGGGCCCCCCCGCUCCCAGCCCCCCCUCACACCAGUGAAUGUUCCCCUUCUAUAUGAGCUGCCUGUGCCCCCAACUGGACUCCUCACCCCGCAGGGAGUGCCCAGGGCCAGAGCAUUGAGCCCCCUUGGGGGACAGGGCUGGCCCCCCUCCCUGAGGCUUCUGCAAUAAAGUCCAUUCCUAUUACUCCUCAUGGACCCAGGCAUCCGGUCCCCUGGUCCCCCCUUCUGGGACCCAGACCUUACCUUGCCUCCUUCCUAGAAUCCAGGAAUCCGUUCUCCACUUUCUGCCCUUUCCUAGAUCCCAUAAAUCCAGACCCCUUCCCCCCCGCCCCCUGCUGCCCUUCUGGGACUCAGUCAUCUGAGCCCUGAACCCUGUUUGUUACCUUCUGAGCUCAAUAAAUGUGGAUUCAGGGUUUUUCCCCUCUGGUUUCUCUGUGUCCUUCCUGAUUCUUGUGGGGGAGGGAGAGGAAAGAAUGAAGUGAGGCCCCCCCCCACCAAAAUAAAGACAGAAUGAGUGAGUCUCAAGGUACUUCUUCCUUCCCCCCUCUUCCAACCUGACAGUCCUCUUCAUUUCUCCCACUAGAGAACGGGUAAGGCUUUCCAAGGGGUCCACUCCUGCCCUGCUCGCCCACAGGGCAUCUCCUAAGCUCAUCCCCGCGUUUCCUCAAACUGGGGUGUCCCCCACUCUACCCUGCGUAGUCUCUCUCUGGCUCCCGCCCCUGACUUUGAAGCCAGGAAGCCAAAGAGGAAAUGACUCUCCCAGUCUUGGCCCCCGCCCGCCCCAUUCUCACCCACCCCUCCUUCUCCCCACCCCGCCCUGACUGUCCCCACCAGGCCAAGGCCACCAGCUCCGGACCCCCCAGCUCCAAGAUGUCAGCUUCAGGUCACCUCUACUUCCUCUUCCUCCUCCUGGGCUUGGCCCCAUCUUCAUGGACCCAAGGUACAUCGAUGGCCCCCGGCUCAGACAUGAUGGAAAAGAACCAUACAACCCCAUCUGAGGAGCCGCUUACUUCAAGUUUAAGCACAGCUCUAAGUCCAACCACCUCAGAGCUCCAGGUGACUUCCAUGGAUCCAACCAAGGAUGAUAAAGACACGGGCCAAACCCAGCCAGAAAAUAAGAUGGAGACAACUUCAGAAAUGGGUCACACGGACCCUACUACUGUGGGCAGCAGAACGAACCCCCUGACGCCUCCCAUCGCCUCUGGUGGUAAGGAGGAUCCCUUCAAAAGCAAUGAAUAUACACUCAGAAAGAGGGGCUUAAUUGCAGCUGCUGUACUCUUCAUCACCGGCAUCCUCAUCCUCACCAGCGAUCGAUGCCGCCAGUUCCGCUGGUGCAGAAGGCAGAAGCGAAGUGCCUACAGGGUGACCCAGGCCUGAGGCCCCAACGCUAGUGAGGAAGCAGUGGUGGAACCCUGGUGUUCACAGAAGGAUCCCGAGGCUCUGGCCACCCCCGAGGCGCAGGGAGUUCUGAGAAGAAAGUCCUAGUGACCGAUCCUUUGUCUGACCUCCCAUCAUUAUAACCUUUUUCUCAGGAAGGCAUCGGCCCUCCCAAUUUCUAGGUCUCCCUGGCUGUGAUGUCCCCCCUCAAGAUCCCGAGUUUCUCAGCACCCAGCAUGGUGCCAAAUACUCAAUAAACUUUUGUGGGGUCAGAUGAA